AUGGGGUGCAAACAGUCGAAGAAAAUGAUUUCUUCGCCCGACAGUCUAGACGUCUCUAACACCACUGUUACGAUCACAACGCCAUCAAUACCUCAGCACAUGACCCAAAAUUAUCUGUUGGUUUGGGUCGAUGCAAGUAUCAAUCAAACCAACAAGGAUUGUCAAGAUAGGUUGACACAGCUGCGAGCUGUGGUCAAUGACGUCAUUAUGUGCACUCGAUCAGACCAAUGUAUCAAGUUUCUCAAUAAACUCAAGGAAGAAAAAAGUUUCGCCAUUAUAUCAGGAUCACUUGGUCAAUAUUUAGUUCCUGAAAUUCAUGGCAUGCGAACAUUAGAUACUAUUUACAUAUUUUGUGACAACAUAUCUUCUCAUCAACAAUGGACUAAGGAUUGGAACAAAAUUAAGGGUGUUCAUAAUAAUAUUAAGGAUAUUUGUGAUGCAUUAAAGGCAAGUAUCAAACAAGUCAAUCAGGAUUCAAUUCAUAUAAGCUUUGUCACAACGAACGAAGCGAUGUUCAGUGAAAACCUGAAUCAACUGGACCCAAAUUACAUAUACAUACAAAUAUUCAAGUAUAUUCUCCUUAAAAGGGAACAUUAUCAAGAACAAGCCACUGAGAUCUUAGCGGCGUAUUGUUGCAAUCUUUAUUCAGGCAAUAUCGAUGAAUUAAAUGUUAUUGACGAAUUUAAAAAUGAUUAUGAUCCGAAACAUGCAAUCUGGUGGUAUACACGUGAGUCUUUUAUCUAUCAAAUGCUCAAUCGAGCCCUUCGAACACUGGAUGCUGAUAUCAUUGUUAGAAUAGGAUUUUUUAUACAUGAUCUUUAUCAACAAAUUGAUCAGUUAUAUAUGCAACAACUUCCAAAUUAUCGUGGUAAGACUUUUAUAGUUUAUCGAGGACAAGGUUUGUUGAAAAGUGAUUUCGACAAACUCAGAAAAACAGAAGGUGGUUUCAUGUCUUUUAACAAUUUUUUAUCUACUAGUAUGAAAAAAGAUGUUUCCCUUGUUUUUGCCGAACGUGGAUCAACAAAAGCGGAUAUGGUGGGAAUACUUUUCAUAAUGACUAUUGUUCCUCGUGGUUCAUCAACACCAUUUGCCUCUAUUAAGGAGGUUAGUUAUUACAAGAUAGAAGAAGAAAUUCUGUUUUCCAUGCACACCGUAUUUCGAAUAGAUGCAAUUAAACAAAUGGACAAUAAUGAUCAACUUUAUGAAGUUGAACUUCAACUGAUUGCUGCUGCUGAUGAUAAACAAUUUCGCCGACUUACUAAAUUUAUAAGCGAUCAGAUUGGAAUUGGUACAGUUUGGCAACAAUUGGGACAGUUAUUAAUCAAAACAAAUCAUUUCGAUAAGGCUGAAGAACUAUAUAAAGCGGUACUUCAACAACCAUUGUCCGAGAUUUACGAAACAAUUUAUUAUAACAAUCUUGGAUAUGUCAAAGAUCGGCAAGGUGACUAUGAACAAGCUAUUAAAUAUUACGAACAAGCAUCGAAAACCAAUGCUCUUCCUGGAAAAUAUCCUUCUUUAGCUACUACCUACAAUAAUACUGGUUCGAUAUAUAAUGCGAUAGGACAAUACACGGAAGCACUUUCAUAUUACGAUAAAGCACUUGGAAUCCAAGAAAAAACUCUUCCGGAAAAUCAUCCUUCGUUGGCUAUUUCUUACAAUAGCAUUGGUUUCGUGUAUCGUGAGCUAGGACAAUACACGAAAGCACUUUUAUUUUACGAAAAAGCACUUGGAAUCCAAGAAAAAACUCUUCCUCCAGAUCAUCCUAAUUUGAUUACUUUCUACAACAACAUCGGUAGUGUGAAUCAUUACAUGACAGAGUACUCGAAAGCACUUUUAUUUUAUGAAAAAGCACUUGGAAUCCAAGAAAAAAUUCUUCCUGUAAAUCAUCCUUCGUUGGUUAGUUCUUACAAUGACAUUGGUGGUGUGUAUGAUAGCACGGGAGAGUACUCCAAAGCACUUUCAUAUCAUGAAAAAGCUCUCGGAAUCUGUGAAAAAUCUCUUCCUGCAAAUCAUCCUUUAUUGACUACGUUCUAUAAUAAUCUCGGUAGAUUAUAUUAUAAGACAAAAGAUUAUUCGAAGGCACUUUCAUUUUACGAGAAAACACGUGAAAUCAUUGAAAGAACUCUUCCUGCAAAUCAUCCUGACUUGAUUACUUCCUACAACAACAUUGGUAGUCUGUAUUAUACCACAAAAGAAUAUUCGAAAGCACUCUCAUACUUCGAACGUGUUUUGGAAAUUAAACAACGUUCAUUGUCUGCUAAUCAUCCCAGUAUAGGAGAUGCAAAAGAGAAUAUUAGAAUUAUAGAAAUGAAAAUAUUUUCUUCUAAAUAA